GCAUACAUCUCUUGUUUAUCUUUUAGUUGUAAACACUAGAGCUGGUAAUCCUCCUCGAAUGUCUGUUGUAGUUUAUUAUUUUCUAUAUCCAACCCCAUCAGAAUCGAUGGUAGAAUUAAAAUAUUCCACCAACCAUGACUGUAUUCGCUUUUUCUAUUUACGAAAAAGUGGAACAACAGCAAAUAUCAAAUUACCCCGAGAGAGGAAGAGAGAGAGAGAGAACAAGAGAGACAAAAUAAGUGGCAACAGUGUCAAAAGAAAGAGCUUUCCAAGGCCUUGGAUACUAUCUGACAAGUCCUGUCUGCCAGAGCUAUAAAGAAACAUUUUUCCCAUUCUUAAAAAAGGGCAGAGGAGGAGAGAGCAAGUGACUGAGAGAAAUGGUGAAGAAGUGGAGUUGGGGAGAGCCGUUGCUGCUAGUCAGUAUCUGCAUUUUGGGAUGGAGGAUUAGUUUUAUCAAUGGAGCUACGGAUCCAGGAGAUGUAUCGGCUCUAAAUGCCAUGUAUACUAGUUUAAACUCUCCUCCAAUUCUAACACAAUGGAGUUCGAGUGGUGGAGAUCCAUGUGGACAAAUUUGGAAAGGCAUUACUUGCUUGGGCUUAAGGGUCACAGAAAUUUCAUUGUCUGGUUUAGGACUUUCUGGAACACUGGGAUACCAGCUCUCAAGUUUGACAUCCCUAACUAAUCUAGAUGUGAGUAACAACAAUCUUGGACCUGACAUACCUUAUCAGCUCCCUCAAAACUUGCAAAAACUAAACCUUGGAUGGAAUAACUUCAGUGGAAGCAUCCCCUAUUCUAUUUCUCAAAUGAGUUUGCUUAUUUCCUUGAACAUGAGCCACAAUCAGCUUCAGAAUCAAGUGAAUGAUAUGUUCUGGAAGCUUUCUUCCCUGGCCAUGUUGGACGUCUCUUUCAAUUUUCUGUCAGGUGCCCUCCCCCAGAGUUUUAGCAACCUUACCAGUCUUAACGCUAUGUUUCUGCAAAACAACCAAUUCAGUGGCACUAUUGAUGUUCUUGCAAAUCUUCCGCUACAAAAUUUGAAUGUCGAGAACAACCAUUUUACUGGUUGGGUUCCUGAACGAUUGAAGAAUAUAAAUAUUCAGGAGGGAGGAAAUUCUUGGAGCUUUGGGCUUGCGCCCCCACCUCCGCCUGGGACUCCUCCAGCCAACCAAAAUUACAGAUAUCACAAGGCAGGGAACAGUUACAGCCCACUGAGUAGUGAUGCUGCUGGUGGGGGUAGCAAUAGAUCAGGAAUCGGUGGUGGUGCCAUUGCUGGAAUUCUUAUAUCUGUGCUAGUGGUAGGAGCAAUACUAGCAUAUCUUCUAGCAAAGAGGAGAUCCAAGAGGCCAUCCACAGACAUAGAAAAGCAAAAGCAUGGGAACUUGCCUAUUGUAUCUCCUGCUUCAAAUGAAGUGCAAGACGCGUUGGCAGAGAUGAAGCUUGUUCAUACUUCAUCCUCAUUUGAUGCAAAAGAAUUGGACUCUCCUGCUUCAAUCAAUCUUAAACCCCCACCUAUUGAUCGUCAUAAAUCAUUUGAUGACAAUGAUACAUCAAAGGUACCUGUGGUGAAGAAGACCAAUGUCACUGCUCCCAUAAGUGUGAAAUCAUAUUCAAUAGCAGAUCUGCAAAUGGCUACAGGUAGUUUCAAUGUAGAAAACCUUCUUGGUGAGGGACCACUUGGACGUGUUUAUCGGGCUCAGUUCAACGAUGGGAAGGUUCUUGCAGUGAAGAAAAUAGAUUCAGCUGCCUUCCAUAGAGAAUUGUUGGAAGAUUUCACAGAGAUCGUUGCUAAUAUAUCUCAGCUGCAUCAUCCUAAUGUAACCGAGCUAACAGGCUAUUGCUCAGAGCAUGGCCUGCAUUUGCUAAUAUAUGAGUUCCAUAAGAAUGGCUCACUACAUGACUUCUUGCACAUAUCAGAUGAAUAUAGCAAGCCACUGACUUGGAACUCACGUGUCAAGAUUGCUUUAGGGACGGCCCGUGCUUUAGAGUACCUACAUGAAGUUUGUGCCCCCUCAGUUGUUCACAGAAAUAUCAAGUCAGCCAAUAUCUUACUAGAUGCUGAAAUGAAUCCUCAUCUCUCCGAUUGUGGUCUGGCUAGCUUUAUAACCAAUCUAGAUCACGCAUUGGAUCAACAGGCAGGAUCUGGGUACAGUGCUCCUGAGGUUACCAUGUCUGGUCAAUAUACAUUAAAAAGCGACGUAUAUAGUUUUGGAGUGGUGAUGUUAGAACUUCUAAGCGGACGUAAGCCAUUUGAUAGUUCAAGGCCAAGGGCUGAGCAAUCCUUGGUUCGAUGGGCUACGCCUCAGCUCCAUGAUAUCGAUGCCUUGACGAAAAUGGUUGAUCCUGCACUUAAAGGGCUCUACCCAGUUAAGUCUCUCUCGAGAUUUGCAGACGUUGUAGCUCUUUGCGUCCAGCCUGAGCCUGAAUUCAGACCACCCAUGUCAGAGGUGGUGGAAGCGUUGGUUCGGCUUGUGCAGAGAUCCAACAUGAGCAGAAGAACGUUUGGAAGUGAUCAUGGAUCAUCUUUUAGAACUGAUGAUCUUGAAGCACGUGAAACAUCUUAACCGGCUUCAUCUCACUGAAAAUAAAACUCUCUUCUUUGAGGAAUUUACGACAUUGUUAUUAGAACUUCACCUUCGUAGACAGAAGUAUAACAAUGUUUUGUGUUUUACGUUCACAUUGCUUUUCGAGCCUCAUGCUGUAUAGUUAACUCAUAGUAUGUGAACCUGGUGGUGCAAUCAAUGAAAACUGAGCAGUUAUUUUAGGACCCACAUCGCUUAAUAGAAGCAUUUGGUUCAAUGAUUUGAUUUACUCUACCAAAGGCAGAAAGUAUUGUGUUAUGUAUUUCCAUGUAAAGCUAGGGAGCAGUUGGACACUCAUAACGUAAUGGAUUAUGUUGGCUUGAUUCAUAAUACCAAACCCAUUCAACUC